AUGACAACAAAAAAGAUUGAAAAUUGUAGUAGACGAUCAAAAGUUGGAGAUACAUUAUAUAUGCAAUAUAUAGGUCAUUUACAAUCUAAUGGUGAAAUAUUUGAUUCAUCAUAUGAUCGGGGUUAUCCAUUCGUUUUUAAAAUUGGUUAUGGACAAGCUAUCAAAGGAUGGGAUCAAGGUUUAAUCAAUAUAUGUGAAGGUGAACAACGUAAAUUAAUAAUUCCUCCAUCAUAUGCUUAUGGAGAUGUUGGUGCUGGUAAUGUUAUUCCACCUGGUGCUACUCUACUUAUGGAUGUUACAUGUGAAAAAAUCGAAACAUUAUAA